AUGGACUUCACGGCCUACAUCGCCAAUCUCAGUGCCGACAAGCGCACACUGCUGUACCGCAGCCCCUGGACGAGUCUGGCCGUGUUCCGAAACCUGCCGCCGUUGGCACAGGUGUACGUCAUGCGGCUCCUGUUCGUACCGACGCCCUUUCCGGCGGAUUACCUGGACUCCUGGGCCCUACGUUCCGCCACCAGCACUCACCAGGCGGCCUUGGCGGCUCUCAGGGGGCUGGACGUACUGCUGGAGCAGCGGAUAAAACCCGUCACCACCGUGGGGCCACAUGCAGCCGGUUUCGGAGCAGUGGCCGGCGGCAGAGCGGCCUCAGCUGCAGCCGCCCCUCAGCAGCAGGUUCAUCGAGCUGUGUGUGUGCUACACCCGGACUUCCGAACUCAGCUGCAGCGAGUGGCUUGUUGCGGAUCCCAGCUGAUGCGCGGUGACGUUCCCCCCGCCGCCGCCGCCUCUGCCCCCUCCCUGGAGCAGCUGGGCGAGUGGGCCACGGGGCAGUGGGAGGCGCUGCAGCUCUACCUGCUGGGGGCGGGGAGGUCUCCGCCGGCAUUGCCGCCGCUACUGCGG